AUGAAACUACACGUUUGGUCUACAAGACCCGAACCGACGUCGAGAGAUGCUUCACUUCUUUCACGGCAGAGGGUACCAUGCAAGAGAAAACACCCUCUCGAGGUGAACUAUCUGGCUGCUCAUUGCUACCGUAGAAUAGAGUUGAACAUUUCCAGAGCGGUGGGGAAGCUUCGAGAUAAGCGCGUGUCAAUGGCGGAAGUACCAGACCUGUACUCCCGGUUCCCUGAUGGCACUAGCUUUCUUCAUCACAUUUCGGAGGACCUACAUAUCUACUACUCCGUUGAAGUGAUCGAGAGGGCGUGCGCAGCUGGUCUCAGAGCCCUGGUGGCGGACGGCGUGUACGAUCUUCAGCCGGAUGCCACCCAGAAGUCGGGUCAGCUAUAUGUCCUCCACGGCGUGACAGGUAAUGGCGUCGAUGUAUCGCUACUGUACGCCAUUACGACGAGGAAGACCGAGGACAUAUACGAAAGGAUAUUCAGCGCAAUAAGAGAGGCUAUGACACCGCCAGCGCACCAAGACCUACGCAUAGUGCUCGACUUCGAGAAGGCCGCUGUGCUAGCAGCCAGGAAAAUAUUUACGAAUGCAUCAGUAGAAGGAUGCGCCUUCCACCUCGCGCGCGCAUGGGCCCGGAAAAGAAAUGCCCACGGACUACGCCAAUAUAUACACGGUACUCAAAGGUGUAGCAACAUUGAAAAGUGGUGGAAGACGAUUAAAGGACUCAUAUUCCUCCCAUCGCAACUACAUCGGAGAGUCCCGGCUUUAUUUCAGCCUCCUGUCACGCAGCGUCACGCGGCGUACCACAAGUGCCUCUUGUUCCUUGAAUAUCUCCGUGCCAGAUGGCAGCUGGGCAUUGUUCUUGGUGUGAAACAUCCGCCCAUGGCUCACCUCAUCGUAAACCUUCAACGUGCAGUCAGCGAGGCUAAAGGCAAACUUGCGAACGUUGAAUUGAGAGUGACGGAUGGCAAACAACUCAAGAAAAAAGACCUUCUGCGGCGGCGCCGCGUGCUGAAGGAGAUGAAGCGGUUCAAGUCCAUUAUGGUUAAGAAUAGGGGAUUUUUGCGAACGGUGACUAUCAACACCUAUUGCCGUCGAAUGUCCCGCUACGUGACGGAGAAAACUUUUUGA